AUGUCGAGUUAUGUCGAACAGGACAUUCUGUCCUGCUGCAGCACGAUCAUCAUGCGCGGCACCGAUAUCCUCGAUUAUAAGACUUUCGGGUAUAUGGACAAAGACAGUGGUGCGCCCCUGACCGAAGAUGCGAUCUAUCGGAUGUAUUCCAAUACCAAGAUUGUUACUUCGGUUGCUUUGAUGAUGCUGUUGGAAGAGGGCAAAUUUGCCCUGGACGACGAAUUGUCCCGUUACAUGCCGGAGUUUGCGGACCCUAAGGUGUUGCGCCCGGAUGCAAAAUCCGCCGAUGACGUAGAAGCGGCCAGCCAGCCGAUUUUAAUCAAACACAUCCUCAGCCAUAGCGCGGGAUUAAGCUACGGGUUUAUUGAACCGGAAUCCAUUGUUGAUCAGGCGUACGCCGGAAAGUUGAAUGUGCUGGGCGACUUCAGUGUCGACCUGGAAGAAUUCUGCAGCCGCGCAGCGUCAUUGCCGUUAGCUUAUCAACCCGGCACCAGCUGGCGUUAUUCAGUGGCAACGGACGUAUGUGCGCGUCUGAUUGAAGUGCUCAGUGGCCAGCGCUUUGAUGAGUUUCUCAAGAGCCGAAUAUUCAACCCGUUAGGUAUGAGUGAUACAGACUUCUGGGUGCCACCAGAAAAAGCAGAUCGCUUUAUUACCAUGUAUGCCCCAACAGAUCUGUUGGAUCCCAUGAAGCCCGGCAUGGUAAAGGUUGAUGACCCGGUUUCAGGUUCAUACAACAGUCCGCGUAAACUGCUCAGCGGUGGUGGCGGCCUGGUGUCUACCAUGGGCGAUUACAUGACGUUUAUUCGUGCCAUUGUGAACAAUGGCAGCUGGCAGGGUGUGCAACUGUUGCAGCCGCAGACGCUGAAACUGAUGCGCACCAAUCAGCUGGCUCCUGGUGUUGGUGUUUCGUUCCCGAUGUGGGAUAUGCCGGGUACCACAUUUGGUCUUGGUUUUGCGCUGCAUGAAACCCUGCAACCGGGUGAACCCGCAGGCGCAAAAAAUGAAUACCACUGGGGCGGUAUGGCAGGCACGCAUUCGUGGAUGGCGCCGGAGGCGGGCAUUACCGGUAUGUGCUCAACACAGCGAAUGCCUGGCUUCUGGCAUCCUUUCAGCCAUGAAUUCAAGAGCCUGGCCUACCAGAUCGCCGGCUGA